AACCAAAACACUCAGUGCUGUUCGCCAUGUUGUGUUCAGGACACAUGAGAGAAAAUAUGGACGCCUCCGAGGCUUUAUUCCAGCAUUUAAACACACAGAAACGGAGCUGCUUUCUUCUGAUCUGUGACUGAUCUGGGAUCAUUUGGACGAAAAAAGGAUUUUACGGAGGAAUGCAUUUUAUCCGACACUAUAAAACACGGUUUAGUUGAUCUGUUUUAGCUGCUGUUUCGGAUCUCUGAAGCUGGAUUUAUAUCCGUGAGUUCUGGAAUGAAGAUCAUCAUUAUGGUUUAUUCAAAGCAUUUUUAAACGAACGAGAAGAUCACAUCUGGAUGUUUUUGAACUUGACUGAACCAUGAAUAGGAAUUUUCCCCAUGCACUCAAAAUGAUCGCUGUUUCUAUAUCGAUACUGACAAAUAAUAAUGCAUAAGUUUCAGGACAGGCCGCUGUCACUUUCUAAUGCAAUAUGAUUGUAUCAAUGUUUGAUAUUUCAUCUAUGCAAACAGAAACACACGCACUGACCUCCACACUGAGGAUUUGUCAAAUCUCUCAAACACUAAACCUCUCUUACAGACUUAAACAUUGAUCCGGACCUGUUUGCUCACAAAUAAAUGCUUCUGGCAAUAUCAAAACAUUAAUUUUAGAGGGAGUGGAUUAUCAGCUCGGGUGUUGCUGGGAUUUAUUGCAGUACAAGAAUCUGCGCUGAAAAUGAGGACAGACACCAAACUGGCCUUGGCUAUAUUCCUCGUCUCGUGCUCAUCAGGUGCGAUUCUCGGGCGCUCGGAGACGCAGGAGUGUGUGUUUUAUAAUGCUAGCUGGGAGAAGGACGGGACGAACCAGAGCGGAGUGGAAUCAUGUCACGGAGAGAAAGACAAGAGACAGCACUGUUUCUCCACCUGGAAGAACCGCUCCGGAGCCGUGGAGAUGGUGAAGCAGGGCUGCUGGCUGGACGACGUCAACUGCUACGACAGCAGCGAGUGUGUGGAGCGUAAGGAGGAUCCAGACGUCUUCUUCUGCUGCUGUGAGGGAAACAUGUGCAACAGGAAGUUUCACUUCAGGCCAGAGAUCGUUGAGCCCACGACUAACCCCGUUCCCCCGAAGCCGGACUUGUUUCCCACGUUGCUGUACUCUCUGAUUCCCGUCAUGGCUGUGGCCGUCAUCCUGCUCAUCUCGUUCUGGAUGUACCGUCGUCUGAAGCUGUCGUAUCCGCCGCUGCUCGUGCCAUCACAGGACCCGGGUCUGAUGCCUCCGUCUCCGUUGUUGGGUCAGAAGCCGCUGCAGCUGCUGGAGCUGAAGGCUCGCGGAUGCUUCGGCUGCGUCUGGAAAGCUCAGCUGCUCAACGAACACGUGGCUGUCAAAAUCUUCCCUGUGCAGAAUAAACAGUCGUGGCAGAGUGAAUAUGAAAUUUAUAGCUUGAGCGGAAUGAAACAUGAAAAUAUCCUUCACUUCAUCGGAGCAGAAAAACGAGGAAAUGGAAUCGAUAUCGAGCUCUGGCUCAUCACAGCUUACCAUGAGAAGGGCUCGCUGACAGACUUCCUGAAGGCGAAUGUUGUGUCGUGGAAUGAGUUGUGUCUGAUAGCGCAGACGUUUGUGCGUGGAUUGGCGUAUUUACACGAGGACAUUCCCAACCUGAAGGAUGGACACAAGCCUGCCAUUGCACACAGGGAUAUCAAGAGUAAGAAUGUGUUACUGAAGCAUGAUUUAACGGCCUGUAUUGCUGACUUUGGCCUGGCACUGAAGUUUGAAGCAGGGAAAUCUACAGGCGACACACACGGACAGGUGGGGACGCGGCGGUACAUGGCUCCGGAGGUGCUGGAGGGAGCCAUCAGUUUCCAGCGCGACGCGUUUCUGAGGAUCGACAUGUACGCCACGGGUCUGGUGCUGUGGGAACUGGCCUCUCGCUGCACAGCGGCCGACGGUCCUGUGGAUGAGUUCUGUCUGCCGUUUGAGGAGGAGGCCGGUCUUCAUCCGUCUCUGGAGGACAUGCAGGACGUCGUUGUGCAUAAGAAACUACGGCCGAUAUUCAGAGAACACUGGCUAAAACAUACGGGUCUGGCGAUGCUCUGUGAGACCGUGGAGGAGUGCUGGGACCACGAGGCCGAGGCGCGUCUGUCUGCGGGGUGCGUGGAGGAGCGCAUCCUCUCAAUGCAGCGCAACACCAACCUCAUCGCCCCCGAAAACAUCCUCUCCGUCGUCACCAUGGUUUCCAACCUGGACUUCCCCCCUAAAGAAUCCAGCCUAUGAUGCUGUUCUCUCGGGCCAAUCAGAGCGCAGCGUGUGCGAGAGCACACCAGACUACAGUGAAAGCAAAACGAACACGGGAAUGAUUCAACGACUCACACUUACACACGGAGGAACUCGAGAUCAAACACACACGGACGUCUCCGUCCGCACCAAAACCUCUUUUAUGCAUUACGGAAAGACUUUUGUGUUUUAUAUGAACAGCGUAUCGUACGGUUUUAGUAUAAAAAGGGCGAAACUCUGGACUGCGUUUGCUGUUCGUUUCUGCAAAUCAUAACAGUCAUGCCAAUACAAAACACUUCUGAAUGUCUGCCGCUCAGCCGCGAAUCACACGGCUCUAUGAGAAAUUAUGCUGAAAUAACCAUGAACCUCCCUAAACAGGUAUACCUCAUUUUGAUUUCUCAUGCUUUUUUCUGGACAGCUGCUACGGAGGCGAGACGAGUCGCUGUAACACGCUAGUGUUUCUACCGUUCACAUUUCUGCUUCAUUUCAUCACAGCCGUUCUGAAGGGGUCGAAUCAUGAGGAAUCAACGCUCGCUUCACUGAAUCACAGAAACCAGGGGCCAAUGUUAGCGUCUGGAACAAUUCGGACCGCUCACGCUCAAUCAACUAUAUUUUUGCACCACAAUUUUUGAAAAUAGUGACACAUCAUAUGCAAAACUGCACCUGAGACAUUGGGUUUUCUGUACAUCAUCUUUUCUGAUGUGAACUAGAUUAACGUUAACAGUGAUUUAGCGCUGAGAAGCUUGGGCCACCGAGACUAGAUGUCAAACUAUAGACGCAUGAACAUUUUUAAAAGGUAAUUGGAACUUUUUAUCUCACAAUAUGGAUUAAUAUUUAUGUUUUAGAAUUCAGAUUUUUUUAUUUUGCAAUUCAGAGAAGAAAGUCAGACUCGAAAAAAAUUGAUAAUUCUGAUGUUUGCAUCAAUCAAACCUUGCAUUUCUGAGUUAAUAGCUCACAAUUUAGUUUCUUGUUUCUGCCAUGAAUUCCAGAAUCAUUUGCAAUUACAAGUUUAUAUCUCAAUUCUGGAAAAAGCUUGAUACUUUGAGAUGUACUCAGAAUUACGAGACGUAAACUCAGAAUUAUAAGGGAAAAAAGACAGAAUAAUCAGUUUAUAUCUCACAAUUCGUACUAUUUUUCUUCAGAAUUACACGUUUCUUUAGACUUGUGAGAAAAAGAGUCAGACUUGCGAGAUAUAAAAUCAGCCACAACCAGCUUUAGUUUUAUUCUGUGGCUGACACAAGCUUCCAAAUCAAAAAAAUGGUCUGAACACCAGCAGAAAUAAUAUACAUAGAGUGUGAACGCCUGUGCAUUUCAGUCUGAACCAUUCAGGAUUGAUUUACGGGUCACAAUCCGAUGCAUCUUUACAAACAGGCUGUUGUUGAAGGAUGGAGCAGUAAAAACUAGACUGAACUCACAGCAAACACUCAUCGAGGAUGAAAAGAUGUUGUUUGUAGGAGCAGGAAUCCUCAUGUGACAUUAUGAGUUGACCUUGUGGGAUAAAUAAAUGCUGAAAAGGCCCCUUUAAUGACUGUUUUCACACGACGGCAUCUUUCAGGCUGUGAAUCUGUCUCAACACCACAUUGUCCUUCCUCAGUCUCUCUUCAUCUCUGUCUGAAGCACUACAGCAGUAUUCAGGGACUUACAGCAAUUAUGCAACCAACACGCAGCAGCGAUCGCAACUGUAGCACACAGUCUCAACCGCUUCUAUUUAUUUCAUUAAUAAUGUGACAAACUCUCAGUACUGUGAAGACAAACCCUGGUUAUUAUUUGCCUGAAUGUGUUUGACGACAAACCGAGUGUUGGGUGAGGAGUAAGUUUGUAAAAGACAUUUCAGAUCAAUCUGUAGUUCCCCCGAACACACACAUGUACAGCAAAUGAAAAAUGUAAAUAUGAUUGUUGGUUUUAAAUUAUUAGACUAGCAUGAUGUUGCUCUGUUCUUUUCGGUGUCACUAAUCAAAAACUGUUGUUUAUAAAGAAAUUAUACCAGAA